AUGGAAUACCCCGACGAUCUAGAUCUAGAAGGCAUGAACGCGCUGGACGAACUGACCGGCGAUGGUACACCAUUCGAUCAUACUGCCGCACCCAAGCUGUCCUCCGAGCUAGCAGAUCUCAUCCGAGCCACCGUAUAUCAGACACCAGCGAAUGGAACCCCCAAGCGCAAAUCGAGCAAGAUGGACUACCUCUUCAAGAUCACCGCUCCCGUCACCCCCACAAUCCUCGCCUCUGCCGCCAUCCUCCCCACCCAACCCACAAUCCACCAAGGGCAAGGCGAAGACGGCGCUGCGACAUUCUGUCAAGUCCGCGACAUUGACAUCCCAACAAUCAAAGAAUGGCUUGCGGAGGCAUACCCCACGAUCUCACCAACCUUCAUCCCCAUCAACAUCGCCCGCAAAGCCCUCUCUCCAUUCUCGGCAUACCCAACUCUCGGCUACGACACCACACUCCCCCACCGUCGCCCUCAAAUCAUCAACACGACCGACACUGAAUACCUCCCAACACAAAGCCAAUAUCCCGUUUGGUACUUUUUCUACGGCACCCUAGCCAACCCCUCACACCUAGCCCAUCUAUUCAACGCGCCACCAGACCACCAACACACGUUACUCCCCGCUAUGAUACAUUCCGGAAAGAUCAGAACGUGGGCUGGCAAGUACAAAGCGCUGGUCGACAACCCUGGUACGUGUGUGGAGGGGUGCGCGUACGAGGUUGUAUCGCAGGAGCAGGAGGAUGCGCUGAGGGUGUAUGAGACGGCGAAGUAUGAGGUUGUGAGGGUGGAGAUUAUGUGUCGGAUGGAUUUUCGAGCGAGAUUUGUGAGGGGGUUGACGUUUCGGUUUGCGGGGGAGGAGGGGGAGUUGGAUGGGGAUGAGGGGGAGUCGGAGUCGGAGUCGGACGAUGAUGAGUGA